AUAACUUCUGCCCCACCCAAAUCUUCAACGGCUUUCCAGACACCAUGAGUGCUACAAAAGAACAGCAUAGCGAUGCCGCCAGGGACAUGUGGGAAACCACGAACGACGACUACGAGAAGUUUCGGCCGUCCCAUGACAAGGCGGGGGUGAAGGCUCUGUUGGACCGCCUAGGCGUUAUGGACAACGUCAGUCAAAGGAACGGGACUCCGCCCACCAAUGACGUCACUGCCAAGUAUGACGUGUUGGAUGUGGGAGCUGGAACCGGGAAAUGUACUCGUGUCAUCAAGGACGUACUGGGAGAGGACGCACGGAUCGUAGCCCUGGACCCCGUGGCUGGGAUGAUCCGGCAGCUGAAGGCCGCGGUCCCCGGGGUGGACGCAUUUGUCGGUCCGUGCGAGGCCAUACCGCUUCCCGACAACUCCGUCAAGGCCGUUGUGUCCUCGCAGAGUUUCCAUUUCUACGCGAACGAGGCCGCUCUGCGCGAGAUUCACCGGGUCCUCAUUCCGGGUGGCAAGUUUGGAAUCAACUUCACGGCCGAUGAUGAGAAAUCUCCGCUCGUGCACGGCGUUUACGAGCUCAUUCGGAAGUACAUGUACCCGGAGUGUCCCGAGUACUAUCUCAACCCACUCCUGGAUACCAGCUGGAAGGACUGCUUCGAUGCGGCGCCGCUCUUCACCCCACUGCAAGAGCACAUCUUCCCCUGGGAGAACCAACAGACUCUGCCUGACGCCGAGUCUGUGGUGAAACUCUUCAUGACGUACAGCGCCAUCGCUCGUGAGCCCGACGUCAGGAAAGAGUGUGCGGAGCAAAUGGUCAAGCUGCUCACCACCGACCCAGCCAUCAAACAGGCGAAUGGCACUGCGCUGGAGAUACCGCGCCUGAGCGCCCUCUACUGGUGCACCAAGAAUGUGCAGUGAGUCGCGCUCUACCCCAGCCCAACAAAAGAGCCGUUCGUUGAAGUCUGCUUUCAGAGCCGUUUAAUACAUCUUGCUCUUUGCGAUGUCAACAAAUUCCAUCUUGUUUGCAAUGAAAUAAACAUCAUGGUCAUCGCU